CGCAGUGGCAUCUUCCUUACUUUGUCCGUUCUCCGGGCUCGCGAUCUUCCUUCCGGAGCCAUGUCAGAAGGAGUGGACUUGAUUGAUAUCUAUGCUGACGAGGAGUUCAAUCAGACUCCUCAACAGGCCUGCUCUGUGCAUCAGAACAGUUCCCACCAACUUUUUUGAACCGAGGUUCUAUGGCCCAGAGAAACCAUUUGAAUCUUGUGACAAUUUUGGAUUCAUUGAAUCCUUUUGUGCUUCUUAAAGUGGACCCAGAGUUCAACAAUACAGAUCAGAUUGACCUCUAUGAUGACGUGUUGACAGCCACCUCCCAGCCCUCAGAUGAUAGAAGCAGCAGCACUGAGCCACCUCCUCCUGCUCGCCAGGAGCCGUCUCCCAAGCCCAAUAACAAGAGUCCUGCGAUCCUGUACACGUACAGCGGCCUCCGCAAUAGGCGAGCUGCUGUCUACGUGGGCAGCUUCUCCUGGUGGACCACAGACCAGCAGCUGAUCCAGGUUAUUCGCUCUAUAGGAGUCUAUGAUGUGGUGGAGUUGAAAUUUGCAGAGAAUCGAGCAAAUGGCCAGUCCAAAGGGUAUGCUGAGGUGGUGGUAGCCUCUGAAAACUCUGUCCACAAAUUGUUGGAACUCCUUCCAGGAAAAGUUCUUAAUGGAGAAAAAGUGGACGUGAGGCCGGCCACCCGGCAAAACCUGUCACAGUUUGAGGCACAGGCUCGGAAACGUGAGUGCGUCCGAGUCCCAAGAGGGGGAAUACCUCCACGGGCCCAUUCCCGGGAUUCUAGUGAUUCUGCUGAUGGACGGGCCACACCCUCUGAGAACCUUGUACCCUCAUCGGCCCGUGUGGAUAAGCCCCCCAGUGUGCUACCCUACUUCAAUCGCCCUCCUUCAGCCCUCCCCCUGAUGGGUUUGCCCCCACCCCCAAUUCCACCUCCUCCUCCUCUCUCCUCAAGUUUUGGGGUCCCUCCUCCUCCUCCUGGCAUCCACUACCAGCAUCUCAUGCCCCCUCCUCCUCGAUUACCUCCUCAUCUGGCUGUACCUCCCCCUGGGGCCAUCCCACCUGCCCUUCACCUCAAUCCAGCCUUCUUCCCCCCACCAAAUGCUACAGUGGGGCCUCCACCAGAUACUUACAUGAAGGCCUCCGCACCCUAUAACCACCAUGGCAGCCGAGAUUCGGGCCCUCCGCCCUCUACAGUGAGUGAAGCAGAAUUUGAAGAGAUCAUGAAGCGAAAUAGAGCAAUUUCCAGCAGUGCCAUUUCCAAAGCGGUAGCUGGAGCCAGUGCAGAAAACUUUCAUUGACAUCUGAAGGAUUUUUUAAUUAGAAAGUAAUCUGUGCUCAUUUUAACAAGUCCAAUAUACAGAGGAGUAUAAAGGAAAUAAUCAUUGUACUUCCUUAUCAGCUCCUUCACUUAGAGAAAUCAGUAACUGAAUCUCUAUCUCCCUUCCUUUUUGUUCUCAUUUAAGUCAUUCAAACCACAAAUACUUAAUGAAUGCCUAAAAAUAAGCAGAAAUUCCCCAUCCCAGUAGAGCUGACAUCCUGGUGUUCCUGGACCUCCACAGAAUCAAAGUUCCUCCACAGUUUCUGAUCUCUUCUCACUGCCCUGCACAAAGGAGGCUGCCAGUCCUCAUCACUGGACCCCUGUCUGGUUUCAUGCUUUCCUCGCAUUAUCUUCUGUCUGGAUGUGCUAGAUUUAGCUUGGGAAAGCAUUCUGCAAGUAGCCAGCCCCUGACCAUGAUCCCUGAGCCAAGCACUGCUCACCUUUGGGGAAUGAAGGGGCUAGUUCUUGAUGGCAGCAUAAUUUAAAAAAUACAUAUGUAUGAAUACACUCCACAUAUAGACGUGUUAGAUAUACAUUACAUAUACAUGUGUACACAUCUGAUUAUAGAUUCAAAGUAAUUCAGACUUAGAAACGUGCAGUGGUAAUUAAUAAAAGUCUAUACAAGGACCACCACCAAGACCACCUUCUACAAUUUAGUGUCUGUCCCUCAGAUUUUUUUUUUUCUGUGCAUAGGACAACAUAUAUAGAAUUUUUAUUCUUUUUACAAAAACGGAAUACUGUUUUUGCAGAUUUUUAGAAAUUAAUAUAUUCUGGACAUCUGUCAAUAUAUAAUAAUGCCUAAUGUUUAUCGAGCCCUUACUGUGUGCCUGGCACUGUGCUAAGCGCUUUACGUGGAUUACUUUGUUUACCUGUAGAUGUAUUGUGUGCUUUUUAACAACUAUGUAGUAUUUUAUAAAACCAACAUCCCAUAGUUUAUAUAGCACCCUACUGAAGCAACUUUUAGGUUAUGUCUAAUUUUUUGAUAAAAUAAUGGUGAAACAUAACAUUGUUAAGCAUACAUACUUGUGAACAGAAGUAGAAUAUUCUUAGAAUUGCUGGGUCAGAAAGUAUGCACAUUGUUUAUUGUAAUGGAUAUUGUCAGAUCACCCUCAGACCACCCUGCCCCGGUUUGUACCUCCACUGGCAACAUCCGAGAACCUGUCUGAUUGCAGACUGUUGGAAUAUAGGUGCCGUCUACUCUUCUACCUGCCGCUUAAGCCUCAUCCAUCUUACCAUGGUUCUGUGGGACAACUAGUUACUCUUGCUUUGUGUCCUCCUGAGUUCUCCUUUCGGUCCAGUUAGUUUACUGCCUCUGCUCAUCCUUGGCCUUUCCCAUCCGUCCCC